AUGCUGUCUGAAUCGGGCCUGUCGGACGCGUUGUCAGACAUGGAGGAAGUGGACUUGCCGCGAACACAAGUAACUUUGUCGAACGAUGGAGCUCCGGUCAGCCUGACCGCAUUCAAAAAGCGGAAAUUUGUUCCCGCCCACGGAUUGCGUCAUUUGGGCACAGCUAAACGUGCCACCGUGCGACUCACCGAAAUCGGACCACGUCUGACGCUCAAACUGAUCAAGAUCGAAGAAGGCUUGAACACUGGUACGGUACUCUACCAUCGUUGGCAGUCCCGAAGUCUGAACGAAGUCGCCGAUCAAGCAGAACGACUUCGACAGCGUGAAGCCUUGCGUGCCCUUCGUCGAUCCGAACACGAGGCACGUCGAGCCGCGAACGAGGCUGCUCGAGAAGCCCAUCGUCAGGCUUGUCUGGAGGGUAUGCGUCGUUUGGGUCAGUUACCAAAACAGUCCUCGCCCGAGGAUUUAAAACAGGAAUGCGCUGCGGCCAGUUCCGAACUGGACGUAGAUGAUGAUGAUGAUCAAUCACCAACUGAUGUGAAAUCAGCAAAACGCCGCGAAUCGCAGCCAUUCCUGAACAAACAUUCUCAAACCACAAACAAAUGUAAACGUAAAUUGGUCCUUCCGGAAAAUCUAAAAAGACCGGAAGAGUCACGCAGUCGCUGUCUUACACCGUUCCAGGCAGGAAAGAUGCUUCAGAAGUCUCGCAUCGUAGUUGAAAUUUAA